CAGACAGUGCGCUAGGAGUUAAGGGGCGGUCUCCAGACGGAGCGCCGCGCACGCCCCCAUGGCUGCCGCUCGCGCCUCGCUCUGGGCUGUCUGCUUGCUGAGGGUGGCGCUAGCCACUGUUUACUUCCAGGAAGAGUUUCUAGACGGAGAGCGCUGGAGAAACCGAUGGGUGCAGUCCACCAAUGACUCCAAAUUUGGGCAUUUUAGACUCUCAUCGGGAAAGUUUUAUGGUCAUAAAGAGAAAGACAAAGGCCUGCAGACCACCCAGAACAGCCGGUUCUAUGCCAUCUCUGCACGCUUUAAGCCAUUCAGCAACAAAGGGAAGACCCUAGUUAUUCAGUACACGGUGAAACAUGAGCAGAAGAUGGACUGCGGUGGAGGAUACAUCAAGCUCUUCCCUGCAGACCUGGAUCAGAAGACCAUGAAUGGAAAAUCACAGUACUACAUCAUGUUUGGACCCGAUAUUUGUGGAUUUGAUGUCAAGAAAGUUCAUGUUAUUUUACAUUUCAAGAAUCAAUAUCAUUCAAACAAGAAACCAAUCAGAUGUAAGGUUGAUGGCUUCACUCACCUCUACACCCUGAUUUUGAGGCCAGAUCUUACCUAUGAAGUAAAAGUUGAUGGUCAAUCAGUUGAAUCUGGAAGCAUUGACUAUGACUGGAAUUUAACUUCUCUGAAGAUGGAAAAGUCUUCUGUAGAGCCUGAUGACUGGAACCAGGCAAAAGAUGUCAAGGCCCAGGAUUGGGAGAAGCAUUUUCUGGAUGCCAGUGCUAGCAAGCCAAGUGACUGGAAUAGUGAGUUGGAUGGGGACUGGCAGGCGCCCAUGCUCCAGAAGCCACCAUACCAGGAUGGUCUGAAAGCAGAAGGCAUCGAUAAAGAUGUGUGGCUCCACCAGAAGAUGAAAAACACCAACUACCUGACACAGUACGACCUCUCUGAAUUUGAGAAUAUUGGAGCUAUUGGCCUGGAGCUUUGGCAGGUGCGAUCUGGAACUAUCUUUGAUAAUUUCCUGAUUACAGACAAUGAAGAAUAUGCUGAAAAGUUUGGCAAGGCUACCUGGGGUGAAACUAAGGGUCCAGAGAGGGAGAUGGAUGCCAUCCAAGCCAAAGAAGAAGUGAGAAAAGCCCGUGAGGAAGAUGAGAAUGAGCUGGUAGGAAAGUUUCAUGGGCGUAGAAACCAUUUCAGCAGAUUUCACAAGCGAUAUGAGCUUUAGUUGUCUUCAGUCUAGAUAAAGAUGACUGGUAAGACCUUGAUUGUACUUCAAUACACAUUUGAAAUCUCACAGGUCUAAGUCUACAUGUUAAUUUGUCUAGUUUCUGAGGAAUUGUUUGCAUGCAACAAUAAAAUACAAAAACUGGGGGAAGCUCAGUGGAUAAAGUGCUUGCUAUGAAAGUAUAAUGACCUAAGUUCAGAUUCCUAAGACCCACAUAAAGGUAUGUGAUUCCAGCACUGAAGAAACAGAGAUUGGAUGUUCACAAGCACUCUCACACAUGUGCACACACUACACACACACAAACACACACACACACACACGCACACAAGAAGAGAAAAGAAAUUGCUCACAUGCUUCUAGGUUGGGGUCCCUCAUACCCUGCCCAGCUUCAAUGACUGCUGUGAUGCCUGUGUAUCAAGUUUCCCUACACAGAUCUGAACACUAGAAGCCAGAAGGCCAGAAAAGACUAGUGACUGCCAGAAAAGACUAGUGACUAAACCUCUUAAAUAUUUUCAAGAAAAAAAAUAAAGGUUGAUAAAACACA